GCACUAUCUUGAGGUGUCACUUACGUGAGGCAUUUGUAUUUUUGCACGUUGAUUUCUCCACUUCAACUGUCGCACCAGUCGACCUUCAUAGACACGCUUGAUAAGAGCUGCGAACAUGAAGAAGGCAUCCCCGCGAUCGAGCAACCUGGCAAUCAUUGUGGCGAUAUGCCCGUGUUUGUUCUACUUCAUGUGCUCGCUGGCAAUGAAUCUACUCACGAAAACGCUAGUGACGACGUUCCAGUGGCGUUUCGUCUACACUUUGGGCGCUGUCCAAAGUAUCUUCACGCUGGCAAGUCUCUCGCUGCUAUCAACGAUGCAGCGCGUUCACGCCGUCGCCAUUGGCGCCAAACAACAUAUCAACGUCAAUUCAGUGGAGAUGAAACACCGAGGCUUCAUCUACGUGCUACGAGUGUUGCUGCCGUUAAUGGCACUGCAUCUGAGCAACAUGCUGCUGGGUUUCGCGAGUCUGCAGGUGGUGAACCUGCCCAUGUACUUGGUUCUACGUCGAUUGACGACGAUUACGGUCUUGCUGAUCGAGUGGCUUGUGCUGGACAAGGCCAUUUCCGGGUCGAUCAAGCUGGCGAUUUUCGUGAGUUCUGCUGGCAGUCUGAUUGCAGGCAGCACUGACGCAAUGUCCGCUGGGUGCGAGGGCUACGCUUUGGUGCUACUACAAAACCUCUGCACUGCAAUGUCCCUUGCAUUAUCCAAAGAAAGCGCGUUGACUCCGCGCCAGCUCGUGAUCCUCAACAGCCUAGCUGGUGCAGUCUGCUGUUCCGUGCUUGGAUUCAUAUUUGAACGCGACGAGGUGCUGGAAUUUCCUCACUUAAGUGACCCUCGUUUCAUCGCUGGAAUGAUGAUCAUGUGCAGCAUGUGUGUGCUCUACCAGUUCUCGGUGCAGUUCUGCACUCUCUACACUUCAGCACUCACCACAUCGGUAACUGGGAAUAUCAAGGACCUCUUCGCUACAGUCGGUGGCUACCUCUUAUUCCCCGAUGCACCCACUCAAUUCGCCAACUUCGUGGGGGUCGCGCUCUCCUUCAUCGGCGCAUACUCUUUCUCAUAUAUCCGCUACCGUGCACUAGUAGGGCCGUCGCCGCAUCAAAAGCAACUCUGAUCAUCUUCAAGGCACAGAUGCAUCACUUUUUAGCAACAAGUUUUGGAAUAAUCUCAUUUUAGCAGGUUAGAGAACUGGUUGUAUCAAUAAAUCAUCAUUCACUCCACAGAGCUCUGUGAGCUGACCUCGAAGUGGCUGUCGGUA